GGGACGUGGGCACUCACACUCUAGCAAAGAGCACGGCUGCAGAGAACAAAGGACAAGCCAAGAAGGCACAGGUACCGGAGCUCCGUCGGAGGGACUUCAGGAGGAAGAUGUUCCCGGUGGUUCCCCUUUGCGUGGGACUUUUAGCCUUUCUCUUGAUCAAGCAUUUCCUGACUGUUCAAAAGGCCCGACACAAACUCCCCCCCGGACCAGCACCACUUCCCAUCAUCGGUAACCUGGGGAUGCUUGACUUUCAAAUCCACCACGAAACUCUGCUAAAGAUGGCGUCAAUAUACGGAGACAUGUACACCCUCUGGCUGGGACGCAUCCCUGUGGUCGUGCUGAACGGCUUCCAGGCUGUGAAGGAGGCCCUGAUUGACCGCUCUGAGGAUUUUGCAGAGCGACCCAUUUCACCUUCCAUUGAGGGUCUAACAGGCAGUGAAGAUGGCGUCCUAUUUUCCAAUGGCAAUGUAUGGAAGCAACAGAGGCGAUUUACCCUGAUGACCUUGCGGAAUCUGGGCCUGGGGAAGAGGAGCCUCGAGGAUUGUAUUCGGCAAGAAGCCAAUCAUUUGAUCCAAGUCUUUGGGCAAGAAAAAGGAAGACCUCUGGAUCCCCACAGACCCAUAAUAUCAGCUGUUACCAAUGUGAUUUCUUUUAUGCUUUUCGGCCAUCGCUUUUCCAUGGAGGAUGAGACCUUCCACCGCUUGUCCGAAGGCUUUAGGACUUUGACUGAAUUUCAUAGCAGCUACACAGCACGACUCUACAAUGCCUUUCCAGCGGCGAUGAAGCACCUACAACCUUUCCUGCCCAGAUUGCUGGAGACAAUGGCACAUCGGAAGGAGAUUUGGAGGCUUAUCAAAGAGGAGUUAGAGCACCAUCAGAGGAACAGGUCACCAUUUGAACAGCCUCAAGACUUCAUUGACUCCUACCUUGCUCACCUGGAGAAAAACACUAGAGAAAAGGAAGACGAUGAUCCCAGCACAACGUUUACAGAAUCCAACAUGUUCCAAGUGGUCACAGAUCUCUUCAUCGCAGGCUCAGACACAACGACCACUGCUUUGAACUGGGCACUUCUCUACAUGAUGGCAUACCCAGAGAUACAAGAGCAAGUGCAGGAGGAGCUGGACACCGUCCUGGGCCCGUCCCACGUCAUCCACUACAAGGACCGGGAAAUCCUGCCCUUCACUAAUGCGGUGCUCCACGAAACUCAGAGAUACAGCAGCAUAUCCGCAAUUGGGGUCAUGCACAAGUGUAGCAAGGACACGACACUGCAAGGCGUACCCAUCCACAAGGGCACCAUUAUUUUCCCAAACAUAUUCUCCGUUCAUUACGACCCUGCGCACUGGGAAACUCCACGCAAGUUCAACCCAGGCCACUUCCUGGACAAGAACGGGAAUUUCGUGAAGAAGGAAGCUUUCUUAGCCUUCUCGGCAGGUGUCCGGGUGUGUUUGGGGGAAAAGCUGGCAAGGACCAUGCUCUUCAUCCUGUUUACCAGCCUCCUGCAAGCAUUCAGAUUCCAGCUGCCAGAAGGAGUGAAGGAAAUCAACAGGGAACCCAUUCUGGGGACUUCCUUGCAACCUCACCCAUACAAAGCCUGUGCUAUUCCUCCGUAUCCACACUACAAACUCACAUUGCCUUUGUACCAUUUUGACUCUCGUGGGUUCCCCGAAAGAAUAAUGCACCCAUCAAAGGGGUGGGACGUGGGUACUCACACUCUAGCAAAGAGCACGGCUGCAGAGAACAAAGGACAAGCCAAGAAGGCACAGGUACCGGAGCUCCGUCGGAGGGACUUCAGGAGGAAGAUGUUCCCGGUGGUUCCCCUUUGUGUGGGACUUUUAGCCUUUCUCUUGAUCAAGCAUUUCCUGACUGUUCAAAAGGCCCGACACAAACUCCCCCCCGGACCAGCACCACUUCCCAUCAUCGGUAACCUGGGGAUGCUUGACUUUCAAAUCCACCACGAAACUCUGCUAAAGAUGGCUUCAGUAUACGGAGACAUGUACACCCUCUGGCUGGGACGCGCCCCUGUGGUCGUGCUGAACGGCUUCCAGGCUGUGAAGGAGGCCCUGAUUGACCGCUCUGAGGAUUUUGCAGAGCGACCCAUUUCACCCUUCUUCGAGGGUCUAAUGGGCAGUGCACGCGGCGUCCUAUUUUCCAAUGGCAAUGUAUGGAAGCAACAGAGGCGAUUCACCCUGGUGACCUUGCGGAAUCUGGGCCUGGGGAAGAAGAGCCUCGAGGAUUGCAUUCGGCAAGAGGCCAAUCAUUUGAUCCAAGUCUUUGGGCAAGAAAAAGGAAGACCUAUGGAUCCCUACGGUCCCAUAAUAUCAUCUGUUACCAAUGUGAUUUCUGCUAUGCUUUUCGGCCAUCGCUUUUCCACAGAGGAUGAGGCCUUCCACCGCUUGUCCAAUGGCUCUAAGGCCAUGGAGAAAUUUCAUAGCAGCUAUUGGGCACGGCUCUAUGAUGCUUUUCCAGCGGUGAUGAAGCACCUACAACCUCUCCUGAACAGAUCGCUGAUAGCGCUGGCACACUGGAAAGAUCUAGUAAGACUGAUUGAGGAGGAGAUUGAACGCCAUGGGAGGACCAGGUCGCCCGAACAGCCUCCAGACUUUAUCGACUCAUAUCUUGCUCAGCUGGAGAAAACAAACACUAGAGAAAAGGGCGAAGAUGGCCCCGCCUCGAUAUUUACAGAACCCAACAUGGUUGCAGUGGUCACAGAUCUCUUCAUCGCAGGCUCAGACACAACCGCCAUUUCUUUGAACUGGGCACUUCUCUACAUGAUGGCGUACCCAGAGAUACAAGAGCAAGUGCAGGAGGAGCUGGACACCGUCCUGGGCCCGUCCCAUGUCAUCCACUACGAGGACCGGGAAAUCCUGCCCUUCACUAAUGCGGUGCUCCACGAAACUCAGAGAUACAGCAGCAUGUCCGCAAUUGGGGUCAUGCACAAGUGUAGCAAGGACACAACACUGCAAGGCAUACCCAUCCGCAAGGGCACCAUUAUUUUCCCAAACAUAUUCUCCGUUCAUUACGACCCUGCGCACUGGGAAACUCCACGCAAGUUCAACCCAGGCCACUUCCUGGACAAGAACGGGAAUUUCGUGAAGAAGGAAGCUUUCUUAGCCUUCUCGGCAGGUGUCCGGGUAUGUUUGGGGGAAAAGUUGGCAAGAACAUCCCUCUUCAUCCUCUUCACCAGCCUCCUGCGGGCAUUCAGAUUUCAGCUGCCAGAAGGGGUGGAGGAAAUCAACAGGGAACCCAUUCUGGGGAGCAGCCUGCAACCUCACCCAUACAAAGCCUGCUUAAUUCCGCGCUAGACGACAUAA